UCAAAUAUACUUGCAUCAAUUUCGAUGAUUUAGAUUCAUUAGUUUUCAGUGUUAUUAACUAGGGUAUAACAUUGUAAUUCAAUUAAUUUAUAGAUAACUAAGCUUAAUUUUCGAUUAGUAGUUUAUCCCAGCUUCUUCCUAAGCUAUCAAAAUGUUGGUGCUAGUCCUCGGUGACUUACACAUCCCGCACCGUACCGGCAGCCUCCCGCCGAAGUUCAAGAAGCUACUGCUGCCAGGCCGCAUCCAGCACAUCCUGUGUACUGGCAACCUCUGCACUAAGGAGUCCUAUGACUAUUUGAAGACGCUGGCCAGUGAUGUGCAUGUGGUUAGAGGAGAUUUUGAUGAGAACUCCACGUACCCAGAACAAAAAGUCAUAACCGUUGGCCAGUUCCGCAUCGGCCUGGUCCACGGACACCAGGUAGUCCCCUGGGGUGACGAAGAGUCCCUCGCACUCGUACAGAGGCAGCUAGAUGUUGACAUCCUGAUUUCUGGACACACGCACCGGUUCGAGGCAUAUGAGCAUGAAAACAAGUUUUAUAUCAAUCCGGGGUCCGCUACUGGAGCUUACAGUCCACUGUUCAGGAACCCAACACCGUCAUUCGUGCUAAUGGACAUCCAGAGCUCGACCGUGGUCACAUAUGUCUACAAGCUGCUCGGAGACGAGGUGAAAGUUGAGAGGAUCGAAUACAAAAAGGCGUAGUCUACAUAUUAAUC